CAUCUGUGUGGUAAGGAUAGCUGUUUUCAACGUAUUUCCUACUGUCAGUGUGACUGACUGUGAACUUGUGUGUAACACUCCUACAAGACGCCUGUGAAGUGAUAUACUACUGAAAUGUUUGAGUUGGAGAGAAGGAGACCACUAACUGAUUUACAAAUUAAACAACGUUUAACAAAAUUACCAGUUCUAGAACAGUUUGAUUUCCUUCGUGCAUCUGAUAUAUUGUUGAAUAAAGAAUCUGAUAUCACACUUGAACUGUUCGCCAACUUAAGAGGAAAUCUGCAUAAUGCAUUGAUUAAUAUUAAAAUCGAUUUGACAUCGAAUGAUUUAGAAGAUGAAGAGGAAAAGUCAGUUAAUGAUGAAAAUACCAUUUUAUCAUUUGAUACUUCAACGAAAAUUGGUCAGAAGUUGGCUUCUAUCGCGGGGAUCUUUAUAGGCGGUUUAACGAAAUCAGAAGCUGACAAGACUGAUGAAAGUGUUGACAGGACAAAGCAGAAAAGACCACUGAAAUCUGGCAGAGAUGAAAAUCUUUCAACUAGAAGAUCUGAUAAAUUUGCCAAAGUCGUAACUUCAUUAAAAGACCCGAAGAGACGUGCCGCUGCUGCUGCAGGUAAAACUGGUCAAAUGAAUCAAAUCCCUGAAUUACCAGAACAUGAACAUGAUAAACAAGCAAGAUCCUAUCUGAAAGAACGUCUGUAUGGGGAUUUAGGUGAAGCAUCUAGAAGAGAACAGGAGAUACUAAUGCAGAAAAUGAAACUGCAAUCGUUGAAAUUCACUUCUGAAUCUGCAAGACAACAAGAUAUCAUUAACGAAAGAAUUAGAGAGGCAAAAAGUCGUAAACUGAAGUUGGAGAGCGGUAAUACCGAUGAAACUGUUGGUCAGUUGUUGGAGAUAAAUAAAGAAAUGGAUGACAUUUAUCGAAAAGAUCGUGAAGAACACGAGAAAGUACUCAAAGCCCGCAUAGAAAAACAAAAGAAAUCCGAUAGUAAACCUGGAGAAGAGUUCCAAGAGAAACGCUCUAAACUUGCUGAAAGUAGAGCAUUGAAAAAGAAACGUCCUUUACCUAUUCUUGAAGAUUUAGAGAAAUACGAAGCUGACGUUGAAACUGGCAGUAUACCUUCUACAUCGCAAAAGAGUGAAAAUGCUCAAAUGUCUGGAAAGAAAGUGUGA